AUGGGUAAAGCAAAAGUAAGAGGGAGAAGAGCCCAAAAAGCUGAGAAAGCUGAGAAAGUUGAGAAAGUUGAGAAAGCUGAGAAAGCUGAGAAAGCUGAGAAAACAGAGAAAACAGAGAAAACAGAGAAAACAGAGUCGACAAGCGAAUCAGAUACACUACCUAGUAAUAUUCCCAAUACGUUUUUUGGACUUGUUGACUCCAGCGAAAUUGAGUAUUUCAAACAAGCCGAGUCUAUCUUAAAUGUGAAUGUAUUUGCAAGUGAUGAAGAGAGAAAUGGGUUCAUAAGCUCUGUACUUGAAGAAGCGCAGGGAAAAGAGUUGAAGUUAGUGACUAAUCAAAUAUGCUCGAAAUUAACGGAGAGGUUGAUUUUGUUUGCCAAUAUGUCUCAAUUGAGAGCGAUAUUUGAAAGUUUUAAAAGUCACUUUGUAUCCCUUGCAUUUCACAAGUAUUCAUCACAUGUUUUAGAGACUUUGUUGGUGAGAUCAGCUGCGUUGAUCGAGAAGGAGCUUCUACAACCGGAACAAGUAGCAAAAUACGAAGAGGAAGAAGGAGUCGUAAUUGAGGACCAUCAAAAUAGCAAGACCAUUGAAGAGCUAUUUAUCAGUAUGGUUGAUGAAUUCAAGCCCUAUUUAAAAACAAUGAUUGAUCACAACUAUGCCUCACACGUAUUGCGACUUUUGCUAUUGAUUCUCGCAGGAAGAGAGCUUCCUUCAACAACCACAUCAAAUUCGACAUUAAGGUCCAAAAAAUCCAAAAUUGCCAGGAAAAUGAUUGAAAUUAAAGAUAAUGAAGAUUUCAAUAGAUCUUUUCAGACACCACCAUCAUUUAAGAAUGAAUUACGUGAUUAUAUUGAGAUUGUAAUCAAGGGUAUAAGUGCAACAAGCGCACGACAAUUAAGUAUAGGGAAAGUAUCAUCACCAGUAAUACAGCUCAUAAUUCAGGUUGAAGGGCUUGUGGAUCGUGAACGGACAAUGUGGCACCUCGUUUUUGCCAAGCAGUCCGAGGGGAAAGUAUCAGAAGAGGAGUCAUUUGUUGAAUACUUACUCUCCGACCCCGUUGGAUCUCACUUUUUAGAAACAAUAAUCAAGAACGAUGGUGCGAGACCACAAUACAUAGAAAGAUUAUACAAAUUAUACAUGAAGGAUAGAGUGUUGAAAUUAGCCAAAAGAGCCACUACAGGAGUAUACAUAAUACAAGCAUUACUAUUCAAAUUGAAACCAGUUGAAGUUGAAUUUAUUUUGGAUAUUAUUAUUCCAGAGCUAGCAAAUUUGAUAUCUAUUGCUGAUGACAAUAACCAAAAUUUGGGACUAGCACAGAGAGUAAUUGACGCAUCAAUACUACGAGGCAAUUACAAACGUGACGAGAUUAUUGAACAGUUAUUUCUAAAGUUUGCGCCAAAUUAUGAUUGGUCAAACUCUGAAUCAACAAGCACAUCUACUACUGAGUUUAUUGAAAACGUAUUGCGAUUGACUGGAUCAACUUUGGGCAAUACAAGAGAUGAUUGGCCAACGGCGGAAGAGAGGAGACGUGCAUUGUUUUUAGAAAAAUUAAUGGAGUUGGAUUAUAGAUUUGUCAUUUGUACAUGGUUGAAUCUUAUUGCUUUGCCAGUUGAAAGAUUUGCUCAAAUGUGUUUCCAUGGUGUCUUUUCACACGUAGUAGAAAGCUCUUUGGUGGUGAUGGAAAAGGAUGAGCCGAAACACAUACAAGUACUCCGCAAAAGAUUGUUAAACAUUUUCCAAGGACAAAUCGUUGCAUUAGCUUGUAAUUCUUACGGGUCACAUAUAGUUGAUAAAUUAUGGGAUUUUACAGUAUUAUUGCCCAUGUACAAGGACAGGAUUGCCGUGGAGUUAAUGAGUGAUUCAUCGAAAGUCAAAGAUAGUAAAUACGGUAAGCUAGUUUGGAAAAACUGGGGGAUGGAGCUAUUUGCAAGGAAGAAAUUUGAUUGGAAACAGUUAAUUAAAGAGCAAGAGGAGACGUUUUUGGGGACCGAUGAAAAUAAUGAAAGAGUUAAAAAGCCAAUUGAGUUGAAAAUGGAACAAUUAGCUCAAGAGAAAAGGAAACAAUUGGAAAGAGCUGAACAAGCACAAAAUGGGUAUACUAAGCGUAAGCUUGAGGAAUUGACCAGUAAAGAUGAAAAGAAACAGAAAUUGAGAGGCCGUAGACGUCAAUAA